AUGUCUACACCACAGCCUCCAAAUGAGCAAAGCCCACCACCAGCCAAAAAGGCAAAGACUGAUGGUUUGGAGACAACUAAACCGCUUGCUCAGCUUCCUGUAGUUACCAUGACGACCCCUUCCAUUCCAUUAAUGACAGCUACUCCUGUGACCGUAAUCCCAUCGUCUUCAGCUAAUUUUCCCAGUGCAUUAAGUCUCACAAUAUCAAACGCAGGUAAACAGGCCCAACUGAAGAUACCUAACCCAACAUCAAUACCACAGAUGAGGACCCAGACUCCAGCGACUUUCAUUGCACAGAACCAGGUGCAGCAGUCGGGGGGUACCAUCACCAUGAAACCACGCAUGACUAUCAUGCGCCCAGCAAUGCAGCCCCAGCACAUACAGCUACAGCCUCAAGCUCAAGGGGGCAAACUGGUACCUGGACAAGUUGCCAUGACCCAAGUGACUUUGUCUCAGUUUCCACCAGGAAUCAUGGCUCAAGCCCUGCCCCCUGGGGCCAUCACCGUGCAACAGAAAUUCGCCCCCCAGAUGGUAACAAAAAUAAAUCCUCAAAAUCUACAGGUUCGGCCAGGUAAAGGAGCACCAGUUCAGCAGAUAUUGCAAAACAACAAGGGACAGAUUUUUGUGAAUCAGAUACAGCCAGGAACAAAAGCAGGUGGAGUUCCUUUACAACAAGCCUGGACUGUCAAACCUAUCAUAGGGGCCAAAGGUCAGGAGCUCAAAGUCGGAUCGCCAAAUGUUUUUGCAAUUCAUAAUCCAACACAGCAAGGGAAAAUGAUUCCAGGGAGUAAGCCUAUAGCUCUGGUGUCUCAGGCACCUCCAAGGCUUCCAACCUACAGUCAAGCAAUACAAAUGACUGCUAACAGUCAGGCUAUUCAGAUGGGUGCUAGUGGUCAGUCUGUACAAAUGACCUCAGCAAGUCCUGCCUUACAAUUUACUUCUACUUCUAACAAAAUCCCUGUCACAUCAAUGACAAGGCCACAUACAAGUGCAGUUGUCAUGGUUACUGCUGCAUCCCCAUUGAGGACUGGUCCACUGGUAACUGCAACAACAACUAUUCCCAUAAAUACAGCAGCAGCUGCUAUGAGGACUGCUGUGCCAACAACAGUCCCCAUAGCAACCUCAGCAUCACCCUUAGUAACAAUCCCUGUAGGAACAUCUGCAACUAUUCCUUUGGUAGCAGCAAUAAAUGCUGUUCCUACCACAGUCUCAACACCAGUUAGCAGUGUCCCAUCAGACCAGAGCACAGCUGUUAAACAGGCUCCAGUGUCAAACGAAGUGCCCAACGACCAGUCAUCAAGUAAUGAAACUCAGACCAGUGUUAUCAUAGAAAAUAUCAAAAAAGAAAAAGAGGAUGAUGAUUCCAAAAACAUUUCUAGUGUUAAACAUUCCAACACUGAUACAGAUACAUUAGUUAAACCAGAUGAAAGUGUGCCAACACAGUUGCCUGCCACUGAUGCCGACACAGGUUCUGGAGAUGGGGAUAAAUCUCCCACCUACUCAGAAAAUGUCAUAGUCAACGCUACUCAAAAGACUGAGGCAGAGGACAGUGCUAUUAAAUGUACAUCAGAACAAGAUCAGGAAAAAUCCCGCAGUAAUGAGCCCAGAACUGUGAUAUGUAACUCUGAGGAAAGUAUUUCUAGUUCAAAUGACACAGUAUCUGUGAAAUUGUCCCAAGAAACUAAGUUGAAUGAAACGGCUGUUUCUGAAGUUGAUGCAAAAGAUACAACGUCAGAAAUGACACCAAAUCAGUCUGAUGAAAGCAAACAACCAAAAGUAGAGGUUGAAGUGGAGGAGGCAGACUCCUCGGAAACAAGACUUUCGCCAAUGGAGGUAGAACAGGUGCCCGAUUCUAGAGGUGACAAAGGGGAAAAGGAUGUUGUCAAUUCCAAAACUGAGGUAACAUCUCUGUCUGACACAGUCAAAUCAGAGGAGUCAGGCACAGACCAUGCCACUACACCAGCCCCAGUGGCAGAUUUUGAUGUCAUGGAUUCAAUGCAGUGGGAAAAUGGUGUGGCAUCUUUAGAAGGCAGCAAUCUGAAGUUUAAGAUGAACGAGUUCGGAGUUCUUGAAGUGGUUACUGAGGACCUUGAAUGUCCAGAAACCCUUAACACAAGUAGCGAGUCUGAAAACACAAACGAGCAAUCAGGCAACAAGAAAUUAUUAAAUUCAUUUGAAAUCAAAACAGAAGACAAAUCUGCCAACGAUGGAGAUAAAGAUGAUGUAUGCUGUUGUACUAACUGUGGCGAGUAUGGAUUCCGAAGUGAAUUUCUUGGAAACUCUGGAGAUAUUUGCUCUGAAGCAUGUAUGGAGGCAUAUGAAUCCAAAAAAAAUGGCAAAGGUGUCAAAAAGAAUGUGAUGUCUAAAAUGGUGCUGGGGAUGAAAAAGAAGAAGAGAAAGCUCUUGUUAAUGAAAGGAGGACAAGGGGAAGAGGAAGUUUAUCCUAAAGGAUUGGCAACUGGGAGAAAAUCUAAAGCAUUUGUUUGGCUGAACUAUCUGGAACAAGAAGGUGGAGAGGCAGCUCCAGACAAGCUCUUCAAGGAGCCUUUCCCUCAGUCUCGCAUAGGAUUUAAAGUGGGUAUGAAGCUGGAAGGAAUCGACCCGAAACAUCAGUCCCUGUUUUGUGUCUUAAGUGUGGCUGAGAUCCGUGGUUACCGACUGCGACUUCAUUUUGAUGGCUACUCGGAGUGCUAUGACUUCUGGGCCAAUGCAGAUUCUGCCUGGAUUUUCCCUGUUGGAUUUUGUGAUAAACAUGAGAGAGUUCUACAACCCCCAAAAGGUUUUACUGCAGAAAACUUCAGUUGGUCAGGCUACUUAAAAAUGGCUAAAGCCAUACCUGCUCCUAAGCAUCUAUUCCAGAAUCAGCCAACUCAGAAUGUAACCCCCAAUGCAUUUCGAGUGGGCUCUAAGCUGGAGGCUGUUGACAAGAAAAAUAACAACCUAAUCUGUGUUUCCACUGUGGCCGACACACUUGGUGACAAAAUACUGGUGCACUUUGAUGGGUGGGAGGAUACUUACGACUACUGGUGUGAUGUUGCAUCUCCAGACAUUCACCCUGUUGGCUGGUGUCAUGAAAACAACACACAACUCUCCCUUCCUUGUGAUUGGAAGGAGACAGAUUUUACUUGGGAGAGUUAUCUAGCUAAAACUAAGUCAGUGGCUGUCCCUGCCAGAGCUUUUAAACCUAGAGCAGCAUUGGGUUUUAAGGUUGGAAUGAAACUAGAAGUUGUAGAUAAACGGAAUUCACUCCUUAUUCGUGUGGCGACUGUGGCAGCAGUGGAUUGUCAUCUCAUCAGGAUCCACUUUGACGGUUGGGCAGAUACAUUUGACUACUGGCUGGAUGAUGACUGUCCAGACAUCCACCCGCCAGGCUGGUGCAAUAAGACAAGCCACCCUCUGACCCCUCCAAUAAGUCCAGUAGAUUUGGUGGACACAGCUGAGAAAGGAGGUUGUCCAACUCCUGGCUGUAAGGGGAUUGGUCACAUAAAGGGAGCCAAGUACACAGGGCACCACAGUGCAUUUGGUUGUCCAUACUCUAGUUCCAAUAUCAACAAGGAGACGACUCUUCAAGAUAGACUGGGGUCAACAAGGGCAGAGGAGGUGAACCAAACCCCUGCCCCAUCACCUCCUGGCACGCCCACCCUAAAGUCCCAAAGGAGUAUGGAAUAUCCAUCUUCUCCAGAGCUCAAAAAAUGUCCCACACCAGGCUGUGAUGGAUCUGGUCAUAUUACCGGAAAGUUCACCAUGCAUCAUAAAGUAUCUGGCUGUCCUCUUUCCGAGAAAAACAUCAUGAUGAUGCAGAUGCAGAAUAAACCUCAGCAUUUAACAAAUGGUGACACUUCCAAGGUCAAGGUCAAAUCAGGGCGAGGUCGGAAACCAAGGAGCUACUACUUAAACCUGGGUGACCGAGGACCAAACAAACUGUCUCGGGAGAGAGAAAAGGAAAGUAAAGUGUCCACCGACUCUAAAAACACCAACAACCUACAUAGUGGAAUCCACCAGUCAGUUUUCAUGUCCUCUAUGGUUCCCAACCCCAAUAAGGACCUGCCCCUGUGUUGGGAACAACACUCAAAGCUUCUCCCAGGAGUGGACAAAAUGAAGGGUUCCGAUGUGUCAAGCUGGAAUGUAGAUCAAGUGUCCCAAUUUGUCCGUUCUCUUCCUGGUUGUGAGGAGCAUGCCAAGGCUUUCAAGGAUGAGCAAAUUGAUGGUGAAGCAUUCAUGUUGAUAACUCAGACAGACAUUGUUAAAAUCAUGAAUGUGAAAUUGGGGCCAGCUCUGAAAAUCUUCAACAGUGUUCUCAUGUUCAAAAACUCUCUGGAUGUUUAGUGUUAAAAAAUAACUGGAUGUUUAGCUUUCAAAACCUCACUGAAUGUUUAGUGAUUAAUAGCUGUCUGUGAAGUGAGAGAACAGUGUACAUUGUGCAACAUAACCAGUUGACAGGAGCAGGCUUAAAGAACUGGUAUCUGGAGGCUAGCUUCUCACAUCAGAACUGAUGUAGAAGGAACAGAGAGCUAGCCUCUCACAUCAGAACUGAUGUAGAAGGAACAGAGAGUUAGUUACUCACAUCAGAACUAACAUAGCAGGAGCACAGCUAGUCUCUCACAUCAGAACUGAUGUAGAAGGUACGGAGGAUUAGUUUCUCACAUCAGAACUGAUAUAGAAGGAACACAGAGGUAGUUUCUCACAUUAGAACUGAUAUAGAAGGAAUGGAGGACUAGUUUCUCACAUCAGAACUGACAUAGAAUGAACAGAGAGCUAGCUUCUCACAUCAGAACUGAUGUAGAAGGAACAGAGAGCUAGUCUCUCACAUCAGAACUGAUAUAGAAGGAACAGAGAGCUAGCUUCUCACAUCAGAACUGAUAUAGAAGGAACAGAGAGCUAGCUUCUCACAUCAGAACUGAUGUUAAAGGAAUGGAGAGCUAGCUUGUUCAGUGACAUUGGACUGUGAUGGACAACUUAAAAAUGCUUCAACAUGUUUUAUUUACAAAAUGUUAAGAUAGAAGGUUUGGAGCUGAUUGUGCCAUGGUUUUUAGGUCACAUGAUAAAAAGAUGACCUAUUGCGAUCGCCUUUUAUCCAGCGUCAUACAUCAUAAUUUUUUUUUUACUUCAUCUGGAAAACUCCUGAACCGAAUUUAAUGAGAUUUUACAAAAAUCUUCCAUUGCUAAAGGCAUACCAAAAUUGUAAACUGUAUGGAUGGAAGGGUCUUAAAGUGCUUAACCACCAUUGUAAAUUUCAUGAACCUCCAGGUCACACAUUCCCUCUUGGGGAGAGGGUAGAAUUUAAAGUUUGUAUAGGAAAAUUACAUUUUGGCCUGUUUUUUGGAAAUAGUUCAUACUCAGUUAUAAUUUUUAACUUGUUAUUAAUUACUAAUUAGUUUAGGAUGACAAUUUGAUGAAAAGCACACAUUGACUUUGGCUGACCUCCAGGGGCUGAUAGGCAGGGCCAAAAAUUGGGUCAAAUUGACUAUAAUUACAAAAAUCUUCUUCUCACUACCCAUAUAUGAUGGAAACUAUUAAAUAUUGCUCAUGGAUGGAAGAGUUUAUAUAGGAAAAUUAUAUUUUAAGUGUAAUUUCUUUUAAUUCAAACUUGGUGAAAAGCCUAAGCAUGGGAAAACAGUUAAUGAUAUUCACAGUUUACAUUUGCAUUAUGUGAACAAUGUAGUUAAAAUCAUCUUACAUUUAUAACAAAAUCAUUUCUUUAUGACAUGUUACAAGAACCAUUGUAACUCUGGUGACUGUUAAGGCCCUUGGGCCUCUUGUUGACUAUCAUAAUUGUAUUUGUAUGUGAUUUUAUUUUAAUAUUUAGAUCUAUAUGGAAAGCCAGUUCGACAUGCUAAAUGCUUUAUGCAAAUUGCUUUAUGCCAGAUGCUUUAUGCUAAACGUGAUAUGCUUUUUCUUUGAUUUGUAUCAUUUAAAGACUUCCACGUAACCUAAACUCAGUAGAAAAUAUCUCUUAAAGCUGACUUUGCAAAUUAUAAAACUUCCAUGUGGAGUUUUAAAAAAAAAGAGAUACCUUUUAGAAUGCUUCCAAGACCUCCCCCUAGCUAACAGUAUUUUCGGGUCAUUGUAUCUAAGGAAGUGGCAGACAUUUAAGUCCAAGUCUUGCUUAGAAAGGUGUAAGGGCAUCCCGCAGUAUAAAAGGCAUGCAACUUGUCAAACCGGUUAUCAUUAUUUCAAUGAUGGUGCAGCACAACUAAUCUACAGAUAUAUAUAGAUGGAUACAUUGCAUAAGAAUAUACAUUACCUCGCAUCAUUUUUUUUUUUUUUCCUAAGUGACUGAAGAAUCUGUUUUGGAGGAAAAAACACACAACAUAUCAACAAAUGAAUAAUAACAGCUAACCCUUCCUUGUGCUUGUACAGAUAUAAAUUUGUGUUAUAAGCUCAAUUUUUUGUUUUUCCAGCAGAAAGUUCACUGGUCAAAUUUUUACACAAUCUACAAUAGGUCAUCACUUUGCAUGUGUUUUUCUAGUCAAGCAUUUACACUACUAUAAUUGAGAAAACGUAAACAAAUACUUGCAUGUUUUACAGCAUUUUCAAACGCUUCAGUGACGGAGUAAAAUUGGUUGUGUAGAGGUCAGUUUCCUUGCACAUGUUUUGAGAUAUAUGUGAUGGAAUAUAGGGAGAUUGCUUUGUUAACAAUUUUAUUAUUUUGCUCACCUAGCCUGAAGCGCCAAAUGGAGCUCAUACAUUGUUACCUGACAAAAUUACCUUGACACAUCUUCAAGGUCAAAGGGGUCAACUUUUUGAAUGACUUCAUCUAACUGACAAAAAAGUGCAUAAGCAUGGGAUUUGGUUGAUAGGUUCAUAGGAUGAUGACUGACAAGGUCAGUGAAAAGCAAUGACCCUGACCCAUUUUGAAGGUCAAAGGGAUCAAAUUUUUUUAAACCUGUAAAAGAUUUCUUCUGGUAAACCAAAAGACCGAGAACCAUGAUAUUUUGUGGAAAGGUGUUUCCAGAAACAAAGAAAUAUAUGAUCCAGGUUGUAACUGUUACUGUUCAGAGAGUUGAGUAUUAGAAGCCUAAUGUCAUGGAUAUGGGUUAAAAUUGAUUGCAUGUGCCCACUUCAAAUGCCAACGGUGUAUUUGUCAAUACAUUUUUGAUAUUAACACCAAUUCUAUCUUGAUGAACAUUGAAUACCAGUUGAGCUAUGCAGGCUCAUUGUGCCUCUUGUUUAUUCUAUUUUUGUAAUAUAAUUUUAAAUAGCUGAGAAGCACCAAUUGCUACAUGCAACUUCAAGUACCUUAGGUGAAUGCACUCUUUUAGGGUCACAUGUUAUCAUAAUAUAGAGGUGAGUAUUACUUGGAGCAUUCAAUAUUGAAAUGAUAACCGGUUUGACAGAUUGCAAGCCUUUUAUACCCUGGGAUCCCAUACCUUGUCUUUAAACAAUGUCUGCUACUGCCUUAGAUAUGCUAACUGGAAGACAUUGUUAUCAUGGGGGCAUCUCAGAAAAAGGAAACGAAAACUUUCUAAUCUCAAAAUGAAUUUUUAACUUGCAUUUUCAGAUUUAAUGUCUUUUUUGAGGACAAUAAAUGUU